AUGUUAAAAAAGAAAAAAAAAGAUACUACAUUAAAAGAUAAAUUAAAAAAUCCAGGAAAUAAAAAAAAUGACUUAAAUGGCACAUGUGAUAAAACCUUUGAUAAAGUAAAAAGGAUUAAUAUAGAAAAAAUAAACGAUUAUGAUACAAAAGAUUUAGAAGAAAAGGAAAAUGAAAUUGAGAAAAUUUCUAGAAAAAUAUAUGAAGAAAAUAGUAAAAUAAAAAAAAUUAAUUUACACCAUAAAUUAAUAAAAGAAGAAUUAGAAAAAAAAAAAUUAAUUGAUCAAUCUGAUAAAAAAAAAAAAAAUUCGGUUGAUUAUUAUAAAAAAAUUACCAUGAAAUUACAAAAUAAUAUUAAUAAUAUAGAAGAAUAUAUAAAUAAUAUCACAAAUGAUAUAAAUAUGUUAAAAAUGUCUAUAGAUGAUGAAAGAAAUGAAAGAAUAAUUUAUAAUAAUAAUAUGAAACUUUUAAUUAAUGAAUAUAAUAAUUUAAAAAAAAGUAUUAGUAACUUAACUUUACAAGAAAAAGAGUAUACAGUUCAAAACGAUAAAUUAAAAAUUGAAUUAAAUGAAUUAAAUAAAGAAAAAGAUACAAUAGAAAAAAAACACAGAGAAGAUUUUAAAGCAUUGCAACAAAAAUUAAAAGAACAAAAAAUUUUAUCCUCAGAACAAAAAAUACAUGAGUUGAUUAAAAUGAAAAACAGUUUUAAAGAAAAAAAAAAACAUAAAAUGAUUGAGGAUACAGAAGAAUUUAAAAGAUCAGAUAAAUUUAAUGAAAAAAUUAUUAGCGAUUAUUUAAUAGAAAAUUACGAAGAUGAAAAAAAAAAAAAAUUAAAUGCAAAGAUUAUCUUAUUAAAAAAAUUGUGUCUACGAAUAUUGUGUAUUAAUGAAUAUCAAAAGCAAAAUAUAAAAAAAUUAGAGAAAAAUAUAGAAAAUAUGAAUAAUGCAAUUAACUCAAUAGAUUUAUUAACAUCAAAAAAAUGUGAUUUUGACAAUAUUAUUAUAAAUUUAAAUGCAUCAAAAGAAAAAAAUUAUAGUUUAAUUUCAAGAAUUAAUUUAUUAAAUUAUGAAACGAAUGUCUUAAUAAAAUUAAAUAAAAAAAUGAAAGAAAAAUUUAAAGAUAUAAAUGUCCAAAACCAUGAAAUUAUUAAUUUAAAAAGAGAAGUUACCAAUAAGAUGAAUGAUAAAAUGAAUCAUAUUAAAAUAACUUUACUUAACAAUGAAGAAACUUUCAAAUUAAAAAAAAAUUGUUUUGAUGAUUGUGUAAUGCACCUAAAAUCAUUAUAUGAAUUUAUAAAGAAUUAUGAAAAUAAUAAUGAUAAACUAAAUUUAAGAAGCCAAAUUAUUAAUAAAGAAAAAAACUUUCAUUUUAAUUAUAUUCACAAAUAUAAUGAAGAAAUUUUGGUUGAUUCAAAUCAUUUAAAUGAUUUUUUAAUUUUUAUUGAAAAAUACAUUUAUGCUUUGAAUUUUUAUUUGCCUUCACCAGCUUUUAAUUAUAAAAAAUUUAUUCUUGAUAAUCCUAAUUUUCAAAACUUCUCUUUGUAUGAGUCAUUAGAGAUCUGUAAUAAGACUAAUUUUAUUUCUAAUGAAAGUCACCAAUUAACUAAUACCUCAAGUGAAUUAAAUGAUAAAUGUUAUGACAAUAAUUAUAAAAUUGAAGAUAUUAGCGAAAAUAAUAAUCAUUUACUAGUUAAUUUAUCAAAUGAAGAUAUUAGCAAAACUGAAACAGUAAAUUUAGUUGGUAAUAACCGAAAUUUAGAAAUAAAUAAUAUUAAUGAAAUAAAAAAUAAUAUAGAAAAUGAUCCAUCUAAUGAAGAUGAACCAAAAAGGGAAAACAAUGACAAAAAUUUGAAAAAUGAAAAUAUAGAAAUGAAUGAUGGAAAUUUGGAAAAUGAAAACAUAGAGAAAAAUGGUGAAAAUAUAGAAAAAAAUAAUGAAAAUUUGGAAAAUGAAAACAUAGAGAAUGAUGAAAGUAUAGAAAAAAAGGAUAACAAUUUGGAAAAUGGAAAUAUAGAAAAGAAUGAUGAAAAUUUGGAAAAUGAAAACAUAGAAAAGAAUGAUGAACAUAUAGAAAAGAAUGAUGAAAAUAUAGAAAAAAAUAAUGGAAAUUUGGAAAAUGAAAACAUAGAAAAGAAUGAUGAACAUAUAGAAAAGAAUGAUGAAAAUAUAGAAAAAAAUAAUGGAAANUUGGAAAAUGGAAAUAUAGAAAAGAAUGAUGGAAAUUUGAAAAAUGAAAAAAUAGAGAAGAAUUAUAAAAGUAUAGAAAAAAAGGAUAACAAUUUGGAAAAUGGAAAUAUAGAAAAGAAUGAUGGAAAUUUGGAAAAUGAAAACAUAGAGAAGAAUGAUGAAAGUAUAGAAAAAAAGGAUAACAAUUUGGAAAAUGGAAAUAUAGAAAAAAAGGAUAACAAUUUGGAAAAUGGAAAUACAGAAAAGAAUGAUGAAAAUUUGGAAAAUGAAAACAUAGAGAAGAAUGAUGAAAAUAUAGAAAAAAAUGAUGAAAAUUUUAAAAUAAAUAAUACUAAUGUAAAUAAUAACCCAUAUCUAGAAAAAGAUAUUAAAAAAAAUGAAGAAAAUGAAAAUUAUUUAUUAAAUCAUUUUAAUUCUCGUAAUAUUGAAUACGAUAAAAUAAAAGAUGAAAUACCAAACGAACUUCUAAAUAAUAAAUAUAAUUCUAAACAAACAUAA